AUGGCAUCGUCGGCCCCAGUCAAGCGCUCGGCAUCAAUCUUUGAAGCGGCUGAAAACAAACGGCCUAGACAUCUCUAUCACCAUCACCACCACCUCGCGGAACCAAUCAACCUGCCGACAGGCUGUGAGCCUGCUGUGCAAGAUGAUGCCAACAUCGAACAUAUGAUGAACCGGUCAAUGGGGCAACUCAUCAGAGAUGCGGGAUUCGACCUGGCCGAUCCGGCGGCUCUUUCAAGCUUUCGAGCCGCUGCAGAGGAGUACCUGCUACACAUCUCAAAAUACGUUCGCCAGUCGAUGCUAUCCUCUCGCCGUCUUCAACCUAUCCCGCAAGACUUUGAAUACGCGUUGGGCCACCACCGCAUCACCCCCGAUGACCUCCGCCCCUAUCUCAAGUCGCCGCAAACAGUAGCUUCCAUCCCAACUCUCCUUCCAUCCCCUCCUCCCGAAGACGCCAUCGCACGGAAGCUUCCAUUUUUGAAUGCAUUGAAGGGCGAGGAGAGCGUCACCAAUCGCUCAUAUGUCCCAAAGCACUUCCCUGAUUUUCCGAGCAAACACACCUACUCUGCCACGGCAGUGUUCACGGAGCGCGAUAGCGACCCUCGCAAAAUCCGAGAGCGUGCCGCAGAAGAUGGACGGCAUGGUGAAGAGGCACUGCGGAAGCUGGCAAGUGCUGCCUUCCGCGACAACCCGACUAGCUCGAGCGGUCGGGACAAGAAGCUUUGGGGCCGGCGAGCAGAGAGUAUGGAGAGCAUGUUUGAGAAGACCGUGAAGGGGUUGACGAAGAAGCUACAAAAAGACCCACUGGCUCCUAUGAGCGCUGUCAUGGGUUCCGCAAUGGAGAUUGACUCGGGCCUUCUCGCCGAAGGCGACCUGAAGGCGCGAUCCAAAGUCUCAUGGAAUCUAGAGAUGGGACCCAUCGUUAACUGUGAACGGGACUUCUGGCGACGGACAACGGCAGCCAGCAAGCGCGGGGAUGACAAGACAGCGAAGGCGACUGGUACCGCAGAGCCAGCAGAUCGGGUAGGCCCUUCUUGA